AUGGAAUGCACAGGACAUAAUUCCCCUCUCGGGAACCUCACUGCAUUGGUGGAAUUCAUCCUAAUAGGGUUUUCUGACGUGCCCAACCUUCAAGGAUUUCUUUUUGGUUUAUUUCUGAUUUUGUAUAUCAUUAUUCUUACAGGAAAUAGCCUUAUUAUCAUGAUAACUAAGAUUGACCCUUCACUUCAGACCCCCAUGUAUUUUUUUCUUGGAAAUUUUUCCUUUUUGGAAAUAUGUUAUGUGUCAGUUACAGUCCCCAGAUUAUUAGCUGACCUCUGUAGACAAUACGGAAAUAUUUCACUGCUGGCCUGUGCUAUUCAAAUGUUUUUCUUUCUGAUCUUGGCAGACACUGAGUGUUUUAUCCUCACUGCCAUGGCUUAUGACAGGUAUGUGGCCAUCUGUAACCCACUACUCUACCCUGUCAUCAUGAACAGUAAGCUGUGUGUUCAGCUGGCAGCAGCCUGCUGGUGCACUGCAAUCCCAAUUAAUACCUUGUUCAUCUCCAUUGCCUUCUCUUCAACCUUCUGUGGAUGUAAUAGGUUGAAUCACUUUUUCUGUGAUGUACCCCCAGUUAUCCAGCUUGUUUGUGGGGACACUUUCACAAUUGAGUUGCUGAUCUAUGUGCUUGCCACCAUAGUUGUUGCUGUGCCUUUUGUACUGAUACUUGUAUCGUAUGGGAAAAUAAUCUCCACCAUCCUGAAGCUGCCAUCAGCCACUGGGAGAGCCAAGGCCUUCUCCACUUGCUCUUCCCAUCUCAUGGUUGUGACUUUGUUCUUUGGAUCAGGCAUCAUCGUGCAUUUUAGACCUAAAUCCACUCACUCAAUUGGAAUGGACAAAUUCUUUUCUCUUUUUUAUACUGUCUUGACUCCUGUUUUUAACCCCAUUAUAUAUUGUCUGAGAAACAAGGAUGUUAUGGUGGCCUUGGGAAAAUUCCUACAGAAAUGGAUUGUAUAG